UGGCUCCCUCCUUGAAUGAGUUACAUUAAAACAUGGCGGAGGGGAGGAACUGUGGAAACUGCCUGGGCUGAAUAAUUUCAAAGGAAAACAUACAAAAGUGACCUUUGUGGAGACGGAGGAGAGUGUACGAAGGCAGCAGAGGUGGGAUGACUGUUGUAUGACGCUGGGGACAUACGGGGAGACACGGCUUCUGGAUAUUGUUUUACUGCAACAGAAGAGUGGACCUGAAGCCUUUUUCGCAUAAAUACAAAAAACAAAACAAUCCAGAAAUGAACGGGGAUAUGGUACUAAACAGCCACUCCAUCACUCUCCUGGGCCACAGCAAGUCCAAAUCACCUGUCCGUGAUGAGAUGACCAUCAAACUCAUUCAGGAGGGAAAGUACGCUGGAUGCUGCUCUAUACAGAAUGAAACACAGAGGCAAGCGGAUGCAGCCAGGAGACUGAACUCUGAGGCGGCAUGCGUCCUGAAGCUGGCAGACGUGGAAGAGAGCCACAGCCAGUGGCCCUGCAGGACAGAUGAGAACCAGCAUCAGUCCUCCCAGCAGCUUCUCCACUUCUCCCCAGUCUCCUGCCUCCGUUCCCCAGCUGAUGUCUCCUCCCCUCCUGCCCCCAGUAACAUCACCCACACCCUACUCGCCAACAACACCGCUGCUCACCUCGCCAACCAGAGGAGGGACAUCCGACGCAAGGCCAAAGGGAAGAAGUCAGCACUAAGAAUAGCAGUGAGCAGGAAUUCCCAAAACCGCAAAGUAACCGACUACUAUCCCAUAAGGAGAAGCUCCAGGAAAAGCAAAGCGGAGUUGAAGUGUGAACAAAAGAAACACAUCGACGAUCUGAUCAUAAAUGGGAUUGAGGAAGGAAUGGAGGUGCAGCAUAUAGAGGGGAAGGGUCGAGGAGUGUUUGCCACCCAGUGUUUCGAUAAGGGCCAGUAUGUGGUGGAGUACCAUGGCGACCUGCUGCAGGUCACUGAUGCCAAAAUGAGGGAGGCCGAGUAUGCUCUUAACCCUGCCACCGGCUGCUACAUGUACUACUUUCAGUAUCUCUGCAAAACAUACUGCGGCGGGGGGGUUUUCUCAACUGCAUCUCCCUCUAGUGUGGACGCCACGAAAGAAACGGGUCGCAUGGGUCGUCUGAUCAACCACAGUAAGAACGGCAACUGUCAAACCAAACUCCAUGACAUCAACGGGAUGCCUCACCUCAUCCUGGUGGCAUCGCGAGAUGUCGAUGAGGGCGAGGAGCUGCUCUACGACUAUGGUGACCGCAGCAAAGCUUCCAUCGCAGCCCACCCCUGGCUCAAACAUUGAUGGAGACAUGAUCCAGCUCAAAGAAAAGGGAAAAUGCUAACAACACCUUGGUUUCUUAAUAGAUCGUUUUUUUUUUAAAUGUAAAAAAUUGCCUUAGCAACAGAAUGUGUCAUCACAUGUUUUUUUUGUUUUUUUUGAAAGGGGGGGUAGUUUGUGCGUUUAGUGGGGAGGGAGUUUUUGAGGAGGGUGGGUUAGGUUACAGUGACUUAAACACACAUUUAGAUUGAGGUACACCUUCUAAAUGUCUGGCGACAUCAAUACUUUUAAUAUAUUUAUCAGUCUAUGAAACAUGCUAGUUUUUUCCAGCACAUUUCUUUUUGUAUAUUUUGUAUUACCGGUAGACCAGUGCUUCCACGGCAUGCAGGUUGUAGUUCAGUGUUCUGCAUUUUUAUACAAAGUUUUUCUUAAUUGGUUGUAUGGUAGUUAGUUGCUAAGCAAUAAUUAUAUUUAUGGUACCAGAACCCUUUCUGGUUGAUGCAGAAAACAGAACUAUUAGAUGCAAACUUACGAGCCGUCUUUAAAAGGUUCCAAAAACUGGAAUAGGAUUCCAACCAUUGAAACUCACACUUUAUUUGAAAUGUCAACUUUAUGCUAUGUUAUGUAUAGUUGUUUUAUGAACUUGAACAAAUCUGUACCUCUAACACACAAAGCUGUCAAUGUCCACAAACAAAUGCUCCAUGAGGAAGUAUUUAAAUAUGUAUGCUGGGGUGGAGGCAUCAUUGAAUAAACAGGUUUUAUGCAAAUUA